AAUAAUUUAGUAGACUGUAGUUGACUUGAGCUGGCGGGUGACCUUCCAAGUCUUCCCCAGUCAGAUACUUCUAUCUCUCUUUCCCUUUUUGAUUAGUAUAGAUUCGCAACUCCACCAGUUCUCUGGAUUGUUGCUAUUUCGGUUUCGUCAAAGCCUGUGAGGAAGUUUCAACUUUCAACCUCAAAAGCAUCAUGAAAUCCACUUAGCUUUCUCAACUCCUAGCUCGAUAGCAUGGCUGAGAAUUGAGAGCGAAGUAUCAUAUCAACUACAUAAAUCGGAAAGCAGACUAUAUCGUUAGCCUUUUGGGAAGCUUCGUUGGUGUGUUCUAGUUUUCGUCUACUUCCACUCAAACCAGCAGAAGCUUUGAAGGUGGGUAGUAAGGGAGAUAAGAGAGGAUAUGGCUUCAUUAGCCGCUCCUAUUUCUAACAAGGUAAAGAAGAUCUGGGAUGACUGGAAUCUCCGGAGCUUCAUCAUAUUAAGUCUCUCAUUGCAGACCUUCUUAAUUCUCUUUGCACCCUUGAGAAAGAGAACAUCGAGCAAAUGGCUAAUCGUGCCCAUCUGGUUAGCCUACUUGCUCGCUGACUGGUCUGCUAACUUUGCUAUCGGACUAAUUGCAAGCAGCCAAACGAACACUGAUCAAGGUUCCCCAGAGAAUGGUAAUCUCUUGGCAUUCUGGGCUCCCUUUCUUCUUUUGCACCUUGGUGGUCCAGACACCAUAAUUGCAAUUGCUAUGGAAGACAAUGCGUUGUGGCCAAGGCACUUGCUUGGUCUCAUAUUCCAGGUUGUAGCUGCAGCGUACGUCUUCGGUAUGCAGUUCUCUAACCAAAACAAGCUGCUGUGGCCAACACUCUUACUGUUUGUACCAGCACUUGUCAAGUACGGUGAGCGAACACGUGCUUUAUAUCUUGCCAGCUUGGAAAGUCUCAAGGAAACCAUACUUGCGGUACCGGAACCUGGACCGGAUUAUGCAAAGUACAUGGAUGAGUACUCCUCAAGAAAAGCUGCCCAUCUUCCAAUUAAAAUAGAAAUUGAAGAAGGUCGUAGCUCAGAUUCUAAGAAUGUGACUUACCGGCUGGGAGAAGGAGACGUCAUUGAUAAUAUUACACUAGUGGAGGGUGCUCAUCACUUGUUUCAAAUUUCCAUGGGUCUUAUUAUAGAUCUUGUGUUCGACUAUCAUCAGCGCAAAGAGAGCCGUGCCUAUUUCAUCAAAUUAGAAUCAGGAGAUGCUUUUACAUCAAUUGCUACUGAGCUCAAUUUUAUGUAUGAAGCUCUGUACACCAAAGCUUAUGUGGUACAUUCAAAACGGGGAUACUUGUUGAGAGCUACAUCCUUCAUCGCCGUUUGCAUAGCCUUUGUUUUCUUCUAUAGAAUAGAGAAACAUGGCUUCCACAGCUUUGAUGUUGGAAUUACUUAUUCCUUGCUUUUUGGUGCCAUAGCUCUUGAUUCAGUAGCUCUUUCGAUGCUGAUAUUAUCUGAUUGGACGAUCGCUAUUGUAUACAAGUUCUGCAAAAAGUCUCGUGCAGUCACUGAUCUCAUGAAGAAGUACCUGGAGUUCAAGAGAUCAUGGGGACCAACUACUACACCAAAGUGUCUAGAGCGGACCAGAAAGAUUUUAUUUCGAAGAUGGUGUGAAUCUAUCUCGGGUUUCAGCUUCAUAGAUUAUUCUCUCCGAGAAUGUGGAAGAUCAGUCCGACUCCGACCUGGGGACCGUUUUGGCCUUGUUUACCUGUACCAUAGAUUCAUCAGAUUCUUGGGCCACCGUUACCUUCAAAUCAUCAGAUUCUUUGGCCUCAAGUAUCUUCGAGAUGAGAUGAAGUAUAGAUCCAGCAAGAGACUUGAAGAGAUUUUGUGGAAAUUCAUUUUUGAAGAGUUGGAAAGUAAAUCCGAAGUUGUUGAUGAUCCCAAAAUUGGUAGAGAAAUAUGUUCGUCCCAAGGGGAUUGGGUUCUCCUAAAAAAGUAUGAGAAGCAUCCGGAGUACAAGAACUUGCUAGCAUGCUUUGUUGAUGUUACUUAUGACCGACGCGUUCUGCUGUGGCAUAUUGCUACUGAGAUCUGCUAUUACAGUGUUGAUACAGGCACUGGAGGUGAUAAUCGUAAAUACAGUAAGACGUUGUCUGAUUAUAUGCUAUAUCUCUUAAUAAUGCAGCCUGCUUUGAUGUCCUCUGUAGCGGGAAUCGGACAAAAGAGAUUUAGAGAUACGGUUGCAGAAGCCAAUAAAUUCUUUAAAAAAAGGGGAUUGGGUUCCGAUGUGAAACUAGGCGAGGGGAAACUACGCGAGGCUUGUUGCAAACUCCUAGAUGUAGAUACAGGAGUUAAACCAGUCGAUGUCAAAGGGAAUAGAAGUAAAUCUGUUUUGUUUGAUGCAUGUAUUUUGGCCAGGCAGCUGAUGAAAUUCGAAGACAAGAAGAAAUGGGAAUUAAUAAGCUCGGUGUGGGUGGAAUUGCUGUCAUAUGCUGCAAGUCAUUGCAGAGCACAUAGCCACGCGCAAUUGCUGACUAAAGGUGGAGAGCUUGUCACUUUUGUUUGGUUACUGAUGGCUCGCUUUGGCAUUGAGGAGGACAUCCAAGUACUGGAGGUCCAAGCAAGAGUAAAACUGAUCAUGAACAAGCAACCUGAUGAUUUCAAGAAUAAUUGGCGCACAGAUUAAUGUUAUAUCUUAUCGCUCAUUUGGAUUGUAUUCCAAAUUUUAAUAAGGUGACUAUUUGAUGAGUGAGUUUGGUGGAGUGGUAAGAUAGUGGUUUUUUAUUUAGAAUGUCAUGUGUCCGAGCCCCGUUGAUGGAGUGUGAUUUAAAAAGAAAACAAAAAUAACAUGACUAUAUUCAUACUUUCAAAUUUGA